CAAAAAUGGCCGCCGCGCAGCUGUCGCUUGACGCCGUGUAAAAGAGGGCGGGUUAGUGGGAAAUGAAGUACGACUGCGCAAGUUUGAUAAGGAAGAGGGCGAAUCUGGGCCGAAGGUACAGGUACAGUUGGAGGGUAGAAGAAGGUGGGCUCUCGAUUAUUUUCCUGUUUGUAAUGAUCUGCCUGCGAAAGAGCUUUGUCAGGAUUCUCCUCUUCCCACCCACCCCCCGCCCGACUGCAGAAUGGUGUCUCCCCAUUCAUUCUGCCUUAAUUGCCUGCUCCAUAGAGCUACGCUGGGGUUGACGCGCAAGCACGAUUUACCUCCCGGUGGGCGGUUAGUUAGGUGGGCGAUGAGUUGGCCAGGAUCUCCUGCGCUUACAGGAGUUUCUGCACCGACCCUGCGAGCAAGGCGUGCGCUCCCCUCCCUGGCCUCUUGCCCAGCUGCCUUUCGGUUGAAUCAUGCCUUUCCCACUCCCCGUUUGUAACCCAGAUGAAGGCUGGAAGUGGAUUUACAAAGCCCACGAUGAGCUUAUUCAGCAGUCCGCUUGCAAGGUGUGUGUAGAUGUCCCCUUUAUGCUCCUGGAUGUGGGAGAGGGGCUGGGGCUUGGUUGCAUUUAACGACUUCAACCUUCUCCCCAAAAAGCUCUUCUCACCUGGCAACUCGAGGUGUAAUUUCCAGCAUGUUGAAAGAGGCAUUGUGGCGAAACCCAUGUCAUCUUUUCCGGCUAUUUUCUGCCUCGGUCUAAAAUUCCUUGCAAAUGCAACUGAAUCUUUCGUUUUGCUAUUACUUUCUGUGUUUUACAGCCCAACCCCUCCCAACUAGACACAAUAUAGGGUCCCUGGCUGAGAACAUAGACAAGGUACUUUGAUUGAUACGGUGCCAUCAUUGCUCAUGGUGCCUUAGAGAGUUAUAGAUGUAAAAAUAGACAUUUCCCUGCCUCCAAAGAACUUAAAACAGUCUAGAACAGACAAUGAGAAAAAUCAACUAUCAGUAAAACUUAGGAACGUCAGUCUGAUCUUUGCUUGUAAAUGCUUUCCACCCCAUUCAGUUUCCAGCAGAGGCUUGAUUAUUAAGUGUUCAAACUGUGUUAUGUGCUUUCUUCCAGCAGAAGGUCCAUGAAUCUCUGGCGGCACAGUUUAGUUUUCUAGCUCAAGCUGCUAAGCAUCUGCCGUUUUAGAUGUGGGGAAGCAUAGUUUGAUUCCCAGUAAUGUCUCGGCAACAUUUUGACUAAUGGGUGCAUAGACAGAAAAGGCUGCCUACAAUAUUAGUCAAAGCUAUGACUCUACUUUCUUGUAUGAGGACGUGGUUCCAUGUUGCUGAAACACGUCAGCUGAUGUGGCUGAAAAAGAAGCGAAACUUCCUAGUUUCAUUUUCAGGCUAAAUAGCUCUAGAAAGAUACCCUGAUACUUAUUUCCCUUAUUUUACAUUAAUAACGUAUUGGGCCCUAACUCUGAAUUUAACUAAUUUUUGAACUAAUUUGAACUAAUUUUGAACUAAUUUGAACUAAUUUUAAUCAUCUUGUUCAAGCCACAUUGCUAAAAUAUAAAUCUGAGUAAAUGUUUCUAAGAUUAACUGAGCCCACUUCUAAAUACCCAAUGUGCCACUCAGUGCAAGGAUGUAUGUGUUUCAUUUUUAGUGAUGUUACCUACUAAUGCCUUCAAGUUAAGGCAGUCACUGAACCAAUGUGCCACUGCUGCAAGAGUUCAUCCCUGCUUGUGUCAUCUCUGCAAGGUAUUGUAGUGCAAUUAUUUAUUUUUAAUUCAUUUUAAGUAGUGAUGUGCUGCUGAAAGAGGACUUGACAAUAACUACUCAUCUGGGGCAAGUUAAAACAGUGUCCAGGGCAAGAUAAACCUGUACACAUUGUUGCCUUGCAAUUCAAUAAGCAGUGCAUGGAUUGCUCCUCUUCCCUAUUCCCUUCCUGUUAUUGCAUAGGCGGGCAGAUGCCUGUGCAACACUCUCCGCAGUUGUGAUUCUGAAAAACUGGUAUUCAGAGGCACAUCGCAGCCAAUACAGGAAAUAAUAUACAGUCGUACCUUGGUUGUCGCAUGCCUUGGUACUCAUAAAUUUCAGCUCCCGAACGAUCGAAACCUAGAAGUGAGUGUUCUGGUUUUUGAACUUUUUUUGGCUGCAGGAGUUGUGCUUUGGUUUCCGAAUGUUUUGGAAGUCGAACGGACUUCUGGAACGAAUUCCAUUUGACUUCCAAGGUAUGACUGUACAGCCAUAAUGGGAUAGUAUCCAUUGACAGCCUUAUUCUCCAUGAAUUUGUUUUAUCUUUUUUACAUCUUGUGGUAGAAAAUUUCUGAAGUUUAACUAUGUGUGCUGUGAAGAAGUACUUCCAUUUAUCCUGAGCCUUUCAAACUUCAGCUUCCUUGAAUGGCCCCAAGUUCUUGUAUUAUGAUCAGUUUCAAAUAAUGGUAUGGUUUUACUCCCACACUGUGUUUUGGGAGUGGGCUAUAGGAGCCCACGUGUGCUUCCAUUAACCAUGAUGGAUUGGUGGCUAUCCUCAAACGGAACAGAUGGGGUAGCCCUCAGCUGGGCAGAUGAAACCAGUUGUGCUCUGAGAACAAAUGGGGUGUGAGAGCUGUUGAUUCAGGUGCAAUCCACUGGAUGCACUAAACAAUUUAGCACCUCAAACAUUGUGGCUUUAAAAUGUGGGAUUACAACAGAAAACACAGUAGUGAUGGGGUUGGUUUAUAGAGAUAUGCAUGCUAUAGAUAUGUUACUUUUGAGCAAGUCAUUCUGCAGCUGUUAGAUAGGAUGGUUAAACAGAACCACAGUGCUCAGAUGUAGAGGGAAGGAACGGCAAAGAGUCACUGCUGCCAUCAUGCCUUGCUCAUGAAAUUUGAUACAGUACUUGUUAUUAUUCAGUCAACAGAACACUAUUGUGGAUGCUAUUGGAAGCAAAACACAGAGUGAGAUGGACCCAAAUUAAGAGUUCAUUGUUAAUUAGAGUAGGCCUACUGAAAUAAUGGACCUAAGUAAAUUGAUUUCAUUGAAUUUACUCUCAGUAUGAUUAUUGUUGGAUAUUGGUCACUUCAACCCUUAGAUUUGUUCCCUGCCCUUUGCUCUCCUCCUCCCAUUGCUUUUGACACACAACAGCUGUUUUAUAUCUACUAUAAUGGAAGGCACACAGGUGAGACUUAUCUUCUGCCCACUAAAGCUGUAAAUGUAGGCAGCUGAAGGGCUACUUUUGGCAUUAGUGAUGGCCUUGUUUUUGAGCUGUUCAUGGAAACUAGGAGACAGCUCCAUUUUCUGCAGCUGGUGUCUCCAUGCAGGUCUGCUAGCUAUUUCUCACCUCUACACUCUCACCUGAAGCUAUGGAUACAAGCUAAUCUGGGUCUCAAGCAGACAAUGAAGAGCAUUAUAGGCAGCAUAUAAAAGCACAGUAGGCCCUCCUCUGUCUUCCUCGGCUCUGAAGGCUGCAGCCAGCUGAUGCCCUGGCUUAGUAAACCUUCUUUGCUACUGUAAGACAGCCUUAGCCUUUAAAUCCUAUUAGAAAUCUCCUUUUGAACCAGAGAGCAAAAACUGCCUGCAGCUAGAUUUUUAUUUAUUUAUUUAUUUAUUUAUUGGCCCCAAGCUAAAUGGACCUGGUUCUUUUGGAGAUAGUAGGUGGGUCAGGAAGAGGAAAUGCACUGAAUCUAAGAAACUGAACUGCACAAUUAUGUUUUCUCUCUGACAGGGGUAAUGAUGGUUCGGCUCCAUCCAAGAACUAGUAGGUGCUGGAGGGAGAGACCCUAUUGGAACUGGAGGUGAUGUGGGCAGCCCAAGGACUCUGAGUGAGCCACCAUGGGGUUCAGGCUGUUGGCUUGCCUCUUCAACCUGCCUGUUGCGGUGGUCUACGGGUCUCUGUCCCUCUUCAUUUCCAUUUUGCACAACGUCUUCCUCCUCUACUACGUGGACACCUUUGUUUCUGUAUAUAAGAUUGAUAAACUCUCCUUCUGGGUUGGAGAGGUGAGUUUUGAAUUUUUUAACAACUCACAUUUCCUCCCUGCUUUGUCAGAGCUAGAUAACUGGGUUCUGAAACAACAAAGAGGCUCGUGGCAUCUUAAAGGCUAAUAAUAGUGUAUAUUUUAUGGCACAGCUUUUGUGAAUAAGGUUCCUAAUUGUUCAUCCUCAGUUGGCAGUUGUCUCUAUCUGAAACAGUGGUAAAAAGCGAGAUUAAAUGGCAAUGAAGUGCAAAAAGUACGGUGUGUGGUGGCGAUUCUAUGUCAAACUUAAAAUCAACAAAGUGACCAUUCACAAGGGCAGUAUUUGAUCUGGAGAGCACUGGCAUAGAAAAGCUGUUGCGUAUCAGUGACCACUUCCGUUAUUGCUUGCAGAAGUCUUUAAACCGGACAUUGUUAACUACUAAAAUAAUAAUUAUGUCUGCAGCAGGAGGAUUGGAUGUUGAAGUGGUUUUAACCACAGACUGUCUCACUGGGUAUUCUGUACUUUUCCUCCAGACUGUGUUUCUGAUUUGGAACAGCCUCAACGAUCCUCUCUUUGGCUGGCUGAGUGAUCGGGCUUUCCUUAGCACGCAACAGUAAGUAGAGCUUUAUUUAUGUCCUGCAUUGAAUAUUAAAGAGUGCUGAAUUGCUAUGAAGGGUCAAGGAGACCACUGAAAGAACAUGUUUAAAUGAUUAGUUUCUUUUAACAAGCAUAUUUCUCUGGAGGCAACUCUCACAACUUUUAACCCAUUCAGUUGUACAUGUGGGCCUCGUUUUGACUAGCAGUCCGGUUGCCUUUCAUCUCGUCUCCCCUCCCUCCUUGUCUGGUACCAAUAAUGAGUUAUAUCCUUUUCCUCUUCUUGGAAAUGGUGGAUACUUGUUUUUAUUUCGCUGAAUGAUGAAUUUGCACACUGUGGUGGUGAAUUAUCCAGGUUUAGCUUCUUUGAGGAAGGGCCAGCAUUCAGAAGGUUCCAUUUUCAAUCCCUGACAUCUCUAGGAAGAACUGGGAGAGACCCUGGUCAGAAACCCUGGAGAGCCUUCCAGUCAGUGCAGACAGCACUGAGUUGGGUAGACCAAUGGUAUGAAUCAGUUUAAGGCCGUUUCCUGUGUGCACAAUGGUGCAGUAUGAGCAUUAUAAACAACAAAAGUGGGACCUACAACAGUACACUGCAGUGGAGUCUAAGCUUCCAGCCAGUCAUGCUCUUUUUAAGGAACUGCUGUUUCUCUCCCCUCUUCUGGUUUUCUACAGCAGGUAGACAGUAUACUGUGGCCCCUGAGCAUGCUCAGUCCAUACUGAGCUGUUUUGUGUCCUCACCCCCUUAAGUUUUUUUUCAUUUUUGCAAAACUUUGGAUUCUUCCAAGCCUGCUGAUGCCUCAUUCCUGUGGGUAGAUGGUACUGUUGCUAUUAUGAAGGUCCACACCUGAAGGAUGAGUUUGUGAUAUAUAUGCAUGUGUGAUGACAAUGUAGGGAAGAUGGACCAAUGUCCAGAGUGACAGAGCAAAUUGGCUUGCUAGAAUGGUUUUGAGAAACACACACACACACACACACACACACACACACACUGGUUUAAUGGGGUACAAACUUUUAGACAAUCAAAACAAAGGAAAGAGUGCUAAACAGUGAUGAAAGAGGGUAGCAGAAAGGCGAGGUGAAUGGAUAACAUAAAAGAUUGAAGAGGAGGAAAACCGCUAUGUAAUUUUAUAGUUGUGGGAGGAGGCCCAUCCAAUUUUCAUGGGCAAUGUGUUCCUUCUCUUGUAGGUCUGGAGUGGCGAUUUCCACUCCGGAAGUGGUUUUGAAGAGACUCAAGGCCCUGAGCCGCAAUGGCCCCCUCUUUGCUAUGUCAUUCCUGGCUUUCUGGAUUGCCUGGGCCACCCCAGGCCUGCAAUUCCUCAUCUGCCUCUGCCUGUAUGACAGCUUCCUCACCAUGGUGGAUCUCAACCAGAACGCUUUGCUCGCUGACCUCGCUGUGUCCGCAAAGGACAGGACCGGCCUCAAUUUCUACUCCUCACUCUUCAGUGCCAUUGGCUCUCUCUCUGUCUUCAUGUCCUAUGCUGUGUGGAACAAGGAGGACUUCUUCUCCUUCCGGAUAUUUUGUGUGGUGCUGGCUUUUGGCUCGGCAGUUGGUUUUACCCUGGCCACAUGGCUCCUGAGGCAGAGGUUUCAGACUGAGGGACACGUGAAGUGGGAUGAAAACGCAGCUUUGAAAGAGUGAGUGGCGCCGGGUUCUAUAAUAACCAUUCUCCUUUUAAAUAUGCUGUCCAAUGAGCAUAGUGUAUCGCUUGUAGGCCAACAGCGGACACUUUAACACGCUGCAAGGUUCUUUGAAACAGCAGGCACAAACAUUCCCAAGUUCAGGGAGAGUAAUAUGUGUGCAGUUUGAUUAAAAAAUGAAGCAUGCAUUUGGGCUUCUUGAUCCAUGGUUGAUGGGAGGGCAAGGAAGCCAUGCCUUCCUAGUGUGAUGGAGAGCUUUUACACAGUGAAUUAACUACCUACAUGUGACCAUGGCCUCAGUACCUGGGCUAAUGGGAUUUUACACUUGACUCUCUGGAUGUGACUAGCUGGCAUAAGCAGCAGGGUCUAGCUGGCAAGUGGGUGCACAGUAGGCCUGUCUUCUGGAGAUACCUUGCUUCUUGUUCCUUUCCUCUAUCAAGGUUAGGAGCAGUGCCUACUUAGUACUAGCCGUGGUCUUGUUGUCUUUUUAAAAAUUGUGCUUUCAAAAUCUCUCUCCCUCUGUGUGUAUUUUGCAAAGUGAUUUUGCUUUUAGAAAGGCAGGAUAAACAACGCAUAUAAUCAGUGCUUUUUUUCUGGGGGUACGCAUACCCCUAAACAUUUGAUGAAUCUUUGUACUUUUGUCCAUUUACUGUAUUUAUUUUUCCCGAUUUGAACUAUAAAAUGGUGAUUUUCUUGAGUCAAAAUGAGAGUACCCCUAAACAUUUUUCAAGGAAAAAAAGCACUGCAAUAGAUGCUAAUUCAAUAGAUGCUAAGGCCCAGGUGGUCUACAGUACCUCAUAUGAUAGUGAUAGCUGAGUGCCAGUCUUUGCCCUUGCUCUGCCUCCCUUUCUAUGAAAGUGUUAGCUUCAGUAUUCUGAGAUGCAGAAGGAUGAAAGAAGAUAUUAGUAUCCACAGUGUGUAUAGAUCUCACCACUGAAUGUCCAAUGCUGGUAGCAAAAAACUGGGGCAAAAUACUGUAUUGAACAGUCUGUCGAAAUGAUUUUCCAAAUGUUUCUCUGUAAAAAAAAUAUGGUUCUGGCCUUCUGUGCUGGAGUUAAUUCAGUGAUACUAGUUAACCCCUAGUAGUUUUAUCCUAGUCAAUUUUUAAUCAAGCAUAAAUUGUAUUUUUAUUGCCUUUUGAUUUUGUAAACUAGUUCAAAACAUAUUCUGUGAAAAAGACAAAGGCAGACUUCUCUGGUAAGAACAUUAAGAACACAGUGUGAUGGUUGUUGUUAUUACAGAAUCUAAAUUGGCUGCGCAAUAACAUAUUGCGUCAUUUGCAUUCUGCCAUUUCAAGGAGCUCAUUUGUGACUGCCUUGGGACUAUCCUGUAUUAUCUUUUCAAAAGCUCUGUAAGACUGAAUACAGAUUUGAACUUGGCACUUUACCCAUCACUUGAUACUGACUGAAAUGUGCCCAUUUGUUCCUCCAGACUGUAUAUUGACCAUCCAUCUGUGCAACAAGAGAAGAGAAUCACUCUGGCCGAGUACCUCAAGCAGCUCUCUCGACACCGCAACUUUCUCUGGUUUGUCUCUAUGAACCUGAUCCAGGUAGGUGUAGCAUGGGCUCACCUAUCAGAGUCCAGGUGGCCUCCCGCAUGACAGAAUAAAUCUUUCUUGCUCCUGAGGCCAACCUCCUGCCUAUUGUAGCCAAUAAAUAUUUGGCGAGGUGUGGAUUAGAAUGUGACACUGAUCUGGAUUUUUGUAGAAUGAAUUUCACAGGUCAGUCUGCAGCUGAUGCACAGGCUUUAUCAAAAUAGCCUUUGAUUUCCUGCACAGGCUCAAAGAAGGGCUUGCAUGAUGCAUGUCUGUGAUAAGAAUCUGUGUUCUCAGGAAAAUCCUUCCCUCUCCCACAGCAAAUCAAGGCCUUCUGUUUGAGGAACAGAGCUGGAGCCAGCCUUUCAGUGGCUAUAGCACAGGGGCAAACAAAGGCUCUCUCUUCACCCCUCAUCGCUGUCGCUUGGUUGCAUGAGGACAGUCCAGAAGGCUAUUGGCAUCAGCCCUCCUCUUGCCUCCAGGCAGAUGCUGAUAUAGAUACAGCCAUCCUAUGGUGUGGCACAAAUGGGAUGAGGGGAAAUCAGCUGCUUCUGCACCUUAAAUGAUUGGAGCACAGCCUUUCAGGGUAAUUUUGAGAGAGUGUGAUGUCAAAGCAGAGCCCACGAGAGAGCAUUCCCAUCACUCCCCUCCCCCCCACUGCCUCCCUGUGUCAUAGUUAUUCUCUUCCUGUGCUCCUCCUAGAGAUUGUUGUGCACUCUGAGCGUCUUGGCACAACACCUCCAUUUACCUCCCCACAUGGCAUGUUUGGUGUGGCUGGAAUGAAGAUUCCUGUUUUAUGGUUUGAUACAUUACGUACUCUUCUAAUUGCCAUUUUUAGAGGUCUGACAAAUGUCGUCUUUUGUAGGUUUUUCACUGCCACUUUAACAGCAACUUCUUUCCCCUCUUCCUGGAGCACCUGCUGUCUGAUCGUAUCUCACUCUCCAUGGGAUCAUUUCUGCUUGGUGAGUCCAAGGUUGGGCAUAGGAGGGAAUGGAGGCUUGAUUUCUAGAAAUGGACUAGAGAGAUCUGCCUAGAAACUGGUGGGGAUUUGGAUGGGGAGGAUUUAUCCAGAUUCAGAUAAAUGCAGCUUCUGUGAAAGAAGGAUGAAAACUUGUUGCUGGAUCUGCCUCUAGUGUGUUGGUUAGGGAAAUCUUAAGCAAUGCUAACCAGGAUUAUUUUACUCCUUGUGUGAGACUAGAUCAGCCUUGGCUAACCUGGUACUCUCCAGAUGUUUUGAACUACAGCUGGGAGUUGCAGUCCAAAGAAGGAGGGCACAAAGUUUUUGAAGGCUGGGCUAGACAGAUGGUCUCAAAUGAAAUUUUAUUGUUUCCAACAGAAUGCAAGUUUGUUUAUCGCUGGUUGCCUGCAUUGAUACUUCGUUUGUUCCUUGUGACAAUAAUGAGCCAUAGCUGAAUGCUUGCUUUCUUUGAACCCAUUUGGUUUUUCUCCUUAGGAGUUUCCUACGUGGCUCCUCAUCUCAACAACCUCUACUUCCUGUCUCUCUGCCAGAGGUGGGGGGUAUAUGCAGUGGUGCGAGGGCUCUUCUUCCUGAAGCUGUUGCUCGGUGUGAUUAUGCUCCUUGCUGGACCAGAUUGGAUCUACCUGCUCUGCUUCUUCAUAGCCAGGUACCCCACUCUCCUAAGGCCCUGGGGAACUGGCCUGGGUAUGAACAACAGGCCAUGUCCAUGGCAUUGGGGUAGUUGAUUAAGCAUGUAUUAUGAGUCAUAGAGCCAAAGCUAGACUCUAGACAGGAAUAGCCAAUUCCCUCCAGAUGUUCUUGGUCCACAUCUCCCAUCAGACCCAACCAUAAAGGCCCAACGGUCAGGGAUGGUGAGAAUUGUCAUUUUUGGAACAUGCUUUUGUGUGUUCUGUACUCCACCUUGAUAGCUUUCUACUAUGAAACUAUCUAAAUAAAGAUUUUAAAAAAUUAUAGCCCAUCAACAUCUAGGGCUGGACUAGUUCAACAUCCUGCUGAACUGUAAAUUCUUGGCCGUGUGCUCAGCUGUUUAUAUCUGCUGAGAAUAUGUCUGUUCUCAGGAUCAUCCAGAGAGGCAACAGGUGAGUCCUUUAUCUUCAGACGGGGUGAGGUGUUAGUUAUAUGCAUGGGCACAUGGGAAUUAAGAUCCUUAAAAACUCAAUGUUUGUUGGUUUUUAAAUAAAAAUCCAGCUUUCGUGAAUUUGGGGGAUGGACUUUUUAAAAAUGUGCUAAUCUAGCUAAGGGUUGCUUGUGGUGAAAACCCAUGUGAUCCAAGGCAGGACCUUUUUCCAUUUGUUUUGUACUACCUCCUUGUAGGUCAUACCCCCAAGUAUGUAAAUAGUAAGUUUUUCUGGUUCUUCUGUAUAUAUUUUGUUUCUCUGCAACCCUUUCAGAGUCCACAGUGCCCCUGUCUGCUGUUAACCUUCCUGUUCUUCUCUUCUCCCCAGCAACCGCGUGUUCACGGAAGGGACCUGUAAGCUGCUGAACUUGGUGGUCACCGACCUGGUAGAUGAAGACUUGGUGCUGAAUCGAAGGCAGCAGGCUGCCUCGGCCCUCUUGUUUGGCAUGGUUGCCUUGGUAACCAAACCAGGCCAGACCUUUGCCCCCUUGAUUGGCACCUGGCUCCUGUGUGCUUAUACAGGUAGGUGAUAGGCUGGGCACAUGGCUGAGCAGUGGAAUGGGAAUUGAGACGACAACAAUUGAUGGUUUCUCUGACUUCAGAGUGGAGGAUAAUUGUUAAUAAUAUAGGGGAGGAUGUUCAUUUGGGACUCCCUACCCCUGCAGGAUAUUUCUUGGGUGUAGCUUGUACAAUCUGUACCCCAUCCUGACAUGUUAUGUCCCUGCUCAGGACACACUGUUCAAGGGUUCAGUUGCUGGAACAUGAACUUACCAUUAAGGAAGACUGUCUCUCCACAGUGGAAUGUUCAGUAUUUGCUCUGUCUCCAGGGGAGCGCCUAGUGAGCUUGCUACUUGAAGCUGCAGGCUAGGGUGCUUAGUUGUGCACAGAUCCUAGUUCCUCAGUACAUAUAAAGAGCCAAAGGCCCAUCUAGUCCAGCUUUCUGCUCUCUCAGUGGCCAGCCAGAUGCCCGUGGGAAGCCUGCAAGCAGGACCUGAGCACAACAGUGCUCUUCCCGGUUGUGAUUCCCAGCAUCUGGCACUCACUCAAACAUAACCAUCAUGGCUAGCAGCUAUUGAUCUAAUUCUCUUUUAAAGCCAUUGAAGUUGGUGGCCAUCAUUGUCUCCUGCGGGAGCAAAUCCUACAUUUUGACUGUGAAGAGGUAUUUCCUUGUCUGUCCUGAAUCUUCCAAUAUUUAGCUCCAUUGGACGGCCCAGAGUUCAAUUUUUAGUAUAUGUGCUGCCGAAGCGAGCACUGGACGGCCCAGAGUUCAAGUAACAGGUGGGAGAAAAACCUUUCUGUGUCCACUUUCUCCACACCAUGCCUCCUUUUCACAGAAUCAUAGAAUUGUAGAGUUGGAAGGCACCACAAAAGUCAUCUAGUCCAACCCUUCAGUGCGGGAAUCAUUUGCCCAACGUGGAGCGCGAACCAGGACCCUCAGGUUCAGAGUCUCAUGCUUUACCUCUACCAUGUCCCCUCUUACUCCCUUUUCUCUAAAUUAAAAAGCCACAAACAUUGCAACUUUUCCUCAUAGGGGAGUUGCCCCAUUCCCCUGAUGGUUGGCUGCCUUUUUCAGAACCUUUUCUAGGUGCCUUUUGACUACAGUUUCAAGGGAAAGGAUGGUGUGGUGUGGUGGGGUGGGAUGGGAUGGGAUUUCCACCUCAUGUUUCAAGGAUGGAGCCCUCCCUCCAAGCAAACUCUCCUAAGCAGCCAAGAAAACGUCGUUCUUGGGGAAAGGUGCUGCCUUCUCCCUUUAACAAGGAAAGUUCACAAAGAUUGCUGCUUCCAGUGAAUGGAAAGGAGGCGCCUGGAUUUGCGGCUAGCGUAAUAGAGGGAAGAAAUGAAGAAGAGGUUUCAAGUAGAAAUCACAGUGUCUCUUUUGCAUGAUCAACAGCUAGAUUGAAACUGGACGCUCUCAACACUCAUAAUGUCAACAAGUCCACAUUCAGCUUACUCAGCAAUUUAUGUUCCAGGUUACGACAUUUUCCAGCGGGAUGCCCUGAGCAAUAUCGUGAGUGCCCAGCCCAAGUUGGCUUCCAACACAGCCUGGGAACCGACACUGCGCCAGGGCUGCUUCUACCUCCUUGUUUUUGUCCCCAUCACAUGUGCAUUGCUGCAGCUCCUCAGCUGGUCACAAUUCACCCUGCAUGGGAGGCACCUCCAGAGAGUGAAAGCUCAGCGCCAGACUUUCACGGAAAGUCAGUCCCAAGAAAUCAAGACCAUUUAAUUUUCCCGUGUAUCAGCAGAAAAUGUCACUGAUCGUUCUGGACUUCUGCAGAAUCAACUCAACAAGGCGUGGGUAGAAGAAAAAGGGCAACUGAUACUCUUCUUGGUUAAAGUUGGUGAGUGGAAGCUUUUGAGUUGGCGCUGCCGUUACCUGGUUUUCAGCGUCACUUAAAAAUGCACCUCCUUACGCAAACUUUUGGAGGAAAUUGAUUCAGCAAGGCCACAUGUAAUUGAUGAAGGUCACAGGCAGUAUUGAUAUGGUUUGGUUUCUAGUUACUAAUGGUUUGGUUCUUUUUUCCCCCUUUAUAUAAUUUUCUUUAUAUAAAUAUACAAAAGUUAAACACUCUUCCUUGCAUUUGGCAGGUCCAUGCCUCUUUCUCCAGCACACGGCAGCAGAUACAGAUGUUGCCCUCUCUGAUCUCCCAAAUCCUCCUUGGCUUGCAGCUCCAAUAUUCUCUGGCUUUGGCUCUUGCUGGUCUCUUGCAGCAGCUACAACUGCUCCACCAGCUGCUUCUCCCUCUCAUGGCUCUCUUGGAGCUUCUGGGCCGAGGUCUUGGCCUCCUCACGCAGCUGCCAGUUGAGGGCCCUGACAUUCUUUAGCUCCUCGUCUAGGUUGUCCUCCCUCUUGUGGCUGGUCAGGUCCGCAUCUGCUCACUCAGCUUAUUGUUGACUCCCUCCAUCUUGUUCUCCUUCUCUUGGAGCUCCUGGGCCAAGGCCUUGUCCUUGUCCUUCAGCAGCUUCAGCUCCUCCCCCUCCUGUCUGUCUAUGUUUUGUUGCUCCUUUUCAAUAGUUAGGCACUGGUUCUGCUCCUUAUAAUUUUGUACUUGGGCCUUAGGGUCCCUAGAGGCCCGCUUCUUCUCACCCCCGCCAGCACCAGCAGGAACAGCAGCUGACUUAGGGGCUGCCGCAGCUGCCGUCCCACGGGAUCCUUUGUCAUUGACAACUCUGAUUCUCUUAUUUUGCUGUAAUUGUUCUAAAUUUUAAAACACAGUAUCAUAGGCAGUAACCAAGUCCAGCAAAGUUUAUGGUUUGCAGCUAAAGCACUUCCAUAGUCUUUCAGCCUGUAUGGCUGAUAGUCCUUUUUGACCAAAGCUUCGCAAUAAGCCGUAUUUUUUGCUCCAUAAGACGCACCUGACCAUAAGACGCACCUAGUUUUUAGAGGAGGAAAACAAGAAAAAAAUAUUCUGAACGAGACAGUGGAUGUAUGAUUUUUGUGGUUCAUGCUGUGGCCACAGACAUGAUAUGUGAUCUGAUGGUGAAUUUGGGGUGACCCAAUGCAAAAAUCCUGAGGAUCCUUGUGGAUCCGUGCUUUGUAACCACAUUUUUGUGCCAUUGCGGCCCCACGAAACAGUGGAUGCGUGAUUUCUUUGGUGCAGGCUAUAGCCAUGGACAUGCUAUGUGAUUUGAUGGUGAAUUUGGGGUGACCCAAUGCAAAAAUCCUGAGGAUCCAUGCUUUUACCUCCCCCCUUCCAAGCAGCCUCCUUUAUCGCUAGCGUCCCUUAUCUCCCUCCUGAUCGCUUGCUGAUCAGUUGCUCAGCGGCUUCGUUUCAACACCCCCUUCCCUCUUGUUUGCCUUAGCGUCUUUUCCUUAGCUGGAGCAGUUUUUUGCUCCUCCUUUUCUUCUAAUUUCUCUCCUCAUUGCUUGUUUUAGUAUUCCUGUCUCCUCUACUUGCAAGUUCGCUGUCUUUACCUCCCCCCUUUACCUGCACCCUAUCUCCCUCCCGAUCGCUUGCCGAUCAACUGCUCAGCGGCUUCCUUUCAACACCCCCUUUCAACACUUUUCAACACAAUCUGCUUUUUGCCCCUGGGCAAUUCGGCUCCAGGGACCACACAUUCGCUCCAUAAGAUGCAGACAUUUCCCCUUACUUUUUAGGAGAAAAAAAGUGCGUCUUAUGGAGCGAAAAAUAUGGCACCUCCUGGAGUGUCCCCCGCCCCCAAGGCAGGACUGUGUAGGAUCCACCUUGAAGAGGUCAUGAGAGUGUUAAAAGCUUGCAUCUGCUAUCUUCAGCCAAAGUUGGUCCAGAAAAAGUCAUCACCUUGCCUUAAAAAAGAAAAAAGAAAAUUCUUAAUAUUGACUUGCUGAUCAUGUUUAUUUUUAUUCAUUCCAGAGGAAGUCACUGGGAAGCUAAGUAGUCAGGUAAAGAUUCUGUAUAUUACUAACAAGUUGAUGGGGAAACAUUGAGUAAACUAGGAGUAUCCUGGUACUUGUAUCCUAACCUCUUGGGAACUGCAUACAUAGAGCCUUGGCUCUGAUUUGGGUGCUAGAUAGUAGGGUUGAUACUUUCAUCCUUCCCCUCUGCACUGGAUUUGAUUGUUCGGCAUACCUCGCUCCCUGCACCCAUCCUAUCAGGGCAUAGUUGAACUGUGAAAGCCAGAAUCUCUUCAAAAUGUGACUUGAUUCCUUCCAGAAGACAUCUGGGUACUCCACUUAUAGUACAUGCUCACUCUGUGGGGAAACAGCACUCUUCCUUCUCGGAAUUUAUCCUUUUCAAGAAAACAAGUGUGCCUGUUCUUACACUAUCGCAGCCAUGGCAGGAUUUGUGCUGAAAGCGGGGGGCGUCUGUGAGGUGGAUGCAGAGCUGUGUCACCAGAAGCUUGGAGGUAUACCUGGCCACCAAGUUUUGACGUCACAAUGGGAUCAACCUUGAAUGAAGCUGUUCCAAGCUGUUUUAGAAUGAAUUUCUAAAAUUUCCCCAAGUCCUGUCCCCCUGGUCAGCAUGGCCUGUGGUCAGGGAUGAUGGGAGCUGUGGUCAAGCAUCAUCUGGGGGGAGGACACAAUUUCCCCAUCCCUUCGCUUGGAUGAAAGACCAGCCUCCUUUGUCAGGAGACACUCAUCCUAGUUUUUCUGUGGGACCAGAUAUUUUUUAAGAUUGUAGCUAUUAUACUUACCAGCACAGGAAUCUCCAAGGGCAACUUGAGGCUUAUACUGGAGGUACUAGUCAUUGUCGUCCCUUUCCUCCUCAUGAGCAAAGCAAUUUGGAGUUACGCUAGUCCCUACAGAAUUGACUUAAGUGGACAAGACCUUGGAGAGUGGUACUAUGCACGUGGCUGAGGGGGGGAAAUGAUGCCUUUUCUGAAGAAAUGUCCUGCCCUGGAGGAGAGUUGACAGUUGCAAAACCAAGCUUGGCUGCAGAGUAUCAGUCACAGGAAGUGGCCCAUCACCUAAUGACAAAAAGAUUUACUAGACUGUAGAUUACGGCCAAGACAGGGAGGAGAGACUUCCUCCCUCAGGCUCCUAGAGGUAGCAAGUACCUCACUCCUCAUAUUGCCUCUACAACCUAGGAAGGGCAAGCAGAAUUUCCUCAGGACUGUUCUGCUCUUUCCACAACUCUCUUUUUCUGAUGACUCACCUCUGAGGGAAGCUAGGGGAAUGCCAGGCUUCCCUGAAGUUAUUCCAGAGCUGAAUCUUCUUGAGUCUCUGAGGGAUUGAGAAUCACAUCCUGCCUUCAUCAAGCAGUGAAGGAGGAAGGCAGCUGGCUGUGUGAAUCAGGGUUCAAGGCCUGUGACCCCCGAGUUCAAUAGCUGCCUUCACUGGAAUAUCCCUCUGCUCUUGGUCCGAGACCCUUCUGGCCACCGUUGUAGAAAACGGAAGAAUCCAGAUCUCCUUGGGACCAAAUUGCAUCCUUCUCUUUGUGUGCUGAAGCAGGUGGCACUUGGAGGGGGUGGGGAAGCGUUCUCAAGUUUCUACAGGCAGUAGCUCAGCCAGCCACUGUAAUUGCCAUUUCCCCUCUCAAUUUGUGAGAGCAGUGAUGAUGAGAAAAUGUUUACAGUAUCACUUUUGUAUCACUCGAUGGCUACAUUCUAAUUUAUUUCUCUAAUUUAACAAGCCAAGUGCGUCAAAACUUAUUUCAUUAAAGUGUCUUUCUUUUUAAAGCUA